UUCUGUGCCAAUGACCCUGAAGUGUUUGUCCAAGCAGCUCUGUUGGCUCAGGAUUAUUGCGAUGCCAUAGACCUAAAUUUGGGUUGCCCCCAGAUGAUUGCAAAGAGAGGGCACUAUGGAGCUUUUCUGCAAGAGGAGUGGGAUCUUCUUCAGAGAAUGAUUUUACUGGCUAAUGAGAAGCUCUCUGUUCCCAUCACAUGCAAAAUCCGCGUUUUCCCAGAAAUCUCCAAGACAGUGAAGUAUGCACAGAUGCUGGAGAAAGCUGGCUGCCAGCUGCUGACUGUGCAUGGCCGUACCAAAGAGCAGAAGGGGCCUCUUGCUGGCGUGGCCUCGUGGGAGCACAUCCAGGCUGUCAGAAGAGCUGUAAGCAUCCCUGUGUUUGCAAAUGGAAACAUCCAGUGUCUGGGUGAUGUGGAAGAAUGUAUCCGUAGGACAGGAGUGCAUGGUGUCAUGAGUGCAGAAGGUAAUCUUCAUAACCCAGCUUUGUUUGAGGGACGAAACCCCUUGGUGUGGGAGAUGGCUGAGGAGUAUCUGGACAUAGUGCAGAAGUACCCUUGUCCACUGUCUUAUGUUAGGGCUCAUCUCUUCAAGCUCUGGCAUCACACGCUUCAAGUUUACCAUCAGCUGCGUGAAGAAUUAGCAAAAGUGAAGACUCUAGAAGGCAUUGUAGAUGUCAACAGGGAGCUGAAACUACGAUGCCAGGAAGAAAUAGCUAAUCAGAAAGAAGGAGAAAAGCCAAAAGAAGGGUUGCCUUUUUUCCACUGGAUCUGUCAGCCAUACAUCAGACCAGGGACAAAGGAGAGAUGCAAGGAGAAUGGAGCCAGUGGGACUGAAAAAGGUGUGCGAGGCAAACGUGCUUUGGAAGAGGAGGAUGGAAAUUCUGAGGUUCUGUCAAAGAAUAAACAAAAAAAGAAGUUAAGAAAUCCAAAUAAAAGCUUUGAUCCAUCUUUAAAGCCGAAAUAUGCAAAGUGUGAUCAGUGUGGAAACCCAAAGGGCAAUAAAUGUGUAUUUAACAUGUGUCGAGGAUGCUGCAAGAAAAGAGCAUUCAAAGAGACAGCAGACUGUCCAGGUCAUGGAUUACUUUUUAAGACCAAAUAUGAAAAAUCUCUGUCAUGGCAGAGUAGACAAAGAGUAAUUCAAAAUCCAGAGGUCAGUCGGAGAGACGUGGAUGUGGGGGAGACUGCUGCACUGAAGGAGGCUGGUGACAGGACAGGCUGAAGCUUUGGAAGUCAGUAGUUCAAGAGCUCCUGCCAGGCCUCUUCUUCCCUGGGCCAAGGAACGUGCUGUCUCCAGCUCACCAUCAGCUCUGUGAACUCGUUCCACAGGUUUAUUUUAAAGUCUGGAAAAGUUUUAUUUAAGUAAAAAGCUGCUUACUCAGGGAAUUGUCCUGCAUUUGAAAUAAAAGAGAUGCAAUU